AUGACCUUAUUAGACUUAAGGGGUCUCUGGGAGGGGGAGUACGCCCCUCCUCUUCUUCCUGACCCCCCUCCCCCAGCCCCUGCGGCCCGGCUCCGCGCGGGCACGCGCCCCAGUCUCCUCCUCCCGCCUCCCCCCAGCCGGUUCCCCCCGCCUCCGCAACCCGGCGGGGACCCGGACGCAGCGCAGCCGCCGCCAGCCCCGGAGCGCAGCGGCCGCACCGCCCCCGGGGACCGGAUCCGGAUUCCCGCCGCUCCCCCCUCCCGGGCUCCCUUCGCCGUCCCCGCCCGCACAGGCGGGCGAACAGCCGGAGAGAAGCGGCCUAGCCUGCCCCCCGCCCCCGAGCCACCCACCCCGGCCAGAGGCGCCGCCACCACCCAGCCACCCCGACGCGCACGGAGGAGCCCGGCACAGAGGCGCGACCGCGGCGGGAACCGCCGCCUCCUCCCCCGAGCCUGCGGCCCAGCCCCGCCGGCGCCCCCGCCCCGGCCUCCGGGGAGCCGAGCCAAGGAGAGGGCGGGAGGACGGCGGCCGGGAGGCGGGGGCGCAGCGCUCACCGGCCCCGCCGCCCCCUCCGGCGGCCGGGGAGAACUGCGCCUGCCGGAUCCGAGAAGCGCGGGCUUCUCCGCCAGCGGCCGUGGCUCGGCUCAGGCCUCGCUUCCUGCCUUCCCCUCCCCCGGCUCUCGGCGUCCUCCCAAGUUCCCUGGUCUGCUCGCGCCCGGUCCCCUGCUCGGUGGUCGCUCCGGGUCCCUGCUGGGCGCCCACCGCACCCCGCGGUUCGCUCCCUGCUGUCCGGCCCCGAACCCAGCGCGCGUCCUCAGCCGCCUCGGUUACCCGGCGCAGCGCGGCCUCCGGGCUUCCCGCUCCGGCGGCUCCCUCCCCGGCUCUGAGUGGCGGCGCCCUCCCCCGCUCGGCCGGGCACAGCCGCAGCUCCCUCCCGCGGCGGCAGCGGCUCCUCCUCCGGGCGAGGCGGCGGCGCUGGGGCGGCGGCUGCUGCUGCUGUGGCGGCGGCGGCGGCUGUGGCUGCUGCCUGCUGCUCCUCGCGGCGAAAAGCACAAAGCACAGCGCCCUCCGCCUGCAGGCAGCCCGCCCGCCGCCGGCCCCGGCCUCAGCUCGCACACCCCCCGCCGCCGCCGCAGCCUCAGCCGCCGGAGCGGGGAGGAGGAGGGAGAAGGGAGGAGGAGGAGCGGGAGGGGGGGCGGGAGAAGCGGGGCAGCGAGCGCGUCCUUCCCCGUAGAGCGCACACCGACCCCCGGGGAGCGAGCGCCAGCCCGCCCGCCUCGCCGGCUCCGCUCCCUCCCACAGCCUGCCCGGGCGGGCUCCGCGGGGGGCAGCUGGGAGGAGGGGCGGGAGCUGGGGGGACCCGGGCGGCCGAGGCGGAGGGAAGGAAGGAGGGGAGGGGGGUGGUGGUGGUGCUGGUGCUGGUGGCGGCGGCGGCUGCUGCUGCUGCUGCUGCUGCCGCCGCCGCCGGGGAAGGGGGGGCGCCGGGGCAGGGAGACACGCAGCCGCCCGGAUGGCGGCGGGGCUCGGAGCCGGGGCGGGCGGGCGCCGAGAGCGACCUCGCCAGACCCGCGGGGGAACUAGCAGGCUUUGCCGGCGCGGGAGGGAGGGCCGAGGCGCGGCCGCGGAGAGGGUGCCCGGAGGGGCCCCCGGCGGCCGGGAAGGCUUGGGGGACACCCACAGCCCUGCUCCGGAGCUCUCCCCCAAGUCCUCCCAGCUCAGACUAGGGCUUCCAGGCCAGCUCUCUCCCGCCUCCCGGAGCGAGCGGUCCGCGCCCACCCUCAUCCCCCGGAGCGUGGCCACUGGUUUGGGGCGCACGCACGCCGAUCGCGGCGUCCAGCUUCGGCGCCUACCUUGCGGUCCUCUCAUUGCCGAACGGUACAUAGGAAACUUUAAAAAAACCCAAAACCGAAAAUCUCUGCAUUAAAAAAAAAAAAUCCCCGUUGCUCUCUUUACACCCCGGAAACGGCGAGGGGACGACGGGCUCCGGCGGAGGGGCCGCUGUGGGAGCCGGUUCAAUCCAGCCCGGCAUGGCUCCCCAGGCCUGCCCGGGCGCAUGGAGAUCGGUGCCGCCGCCACUCGUAGCAACCCCUCUCCCCCGAAAUCCGCGGCGCCCGGGCUCACUUACCGAGCGUGUGGAUGGGAGCGCAGGCCGGGGGCACCUGGGAGCACGGCGGGCGGAACAGCCGAGCCGCAGCUCCGCUGCAGCCGACGCCGGGGCAGCGAGUCGCCAGACAAAGCCCGAGAUGGCGAAGCGGAGCGACGGCUAAUGGCGAGCCCCACGCGCCGCGCUCCGCCCGCCCCGCUCCGCCCGCCCGCCCGCCCGCCUCGGCGCAGCGCAGCGCCGCUCCGAACGCUUGCCCGUCAGAGCCGCCUCGGCGCCGCCGCCUCCCGGGCCACCCCGGCCUCGCCUGGCCCCUCCGCCUCCUCCGGGCGGCUCAGCCUCACCCCUUCCCUCCCACUGCUUUAGGGGUUGCACAAAAAAAAAACUUUUUUUUUAAGUAAAAUGAUUUUCUUCCUUUUUUUUUUUCCUUUUCUCCUUUUUUCCCCCUUUUUUGCAGGGCGGGCGUGUUAAGACUUUUGGAUCUUUCAGCCCGCAGCUCGCACUCACCUGCGGAGCCGCCGGGAGGGCUAGGGGUGGGGGCGCGCGGGGCUGGAGCCGGCGAGCGCGGGUUGAAAGCCAGCCAAGCUCUGCAGCGCCCGACCCGGGCGUGUACGCCGCCGCCAGUCCCCGCAGAGAAAUCGUCCUCCUACCCCCGCCUCCAUCGCUCUGCGUUUCUCUUCCAAUCAGCCGGUCGCUUGGUGGCUCCUCCAUUCUCCGGCCAAGCCCAGCUGCCUAGAGCGAGCUCCACUCCUCCAUCUGUUCGCCGGGGUCCUCGCUCCCCUGCCGGGGCCGGCGAGGCGGCGUGAGGCCGGAGGGGGAUUUGCAAGGAAACCUGCCUGCUUCCCGCUCCCAUUGCUCCAUCCCCGCUGCCUCCUGCCUCCUGCUUCUCUCCUGCGUCUUUCCAACUCUCCCCUGUCGCCACUGGUGUGUGUCUGAGUGUGUGCGCGGUUUUUUUUUUUUUUUUUUUUUUUUAUUGCUCUUUGCUUUUGCAACCCUGAAGCAAAAGGGUGGGGGGGGGGGGUAGUUACAGAAAAAAAAAAAAAAGCGAGAAAGAAGCUCUUAGAUUUGCAACACAUCGGAAAACCGGGGGAGCACCCCGCCUUAUCCGAUCUCCAUGCUCCGCGAGGGCCUUCCGGGUUUUAAAAGGACGAGCUUCUCAAUGUCCCCCCUCUUCGCUGGGUUUAGGAUCCGAGGAGUCCGAGCAAAAAGUUCUCCCCCUGGGUCGUAGUGAGGGGUGUCAGGGUGGGAGUUGCGGGGAUUUUUCAAGAAGCAGCAGCUAUCCUUCCUACCCCGGCGUCGGUCACUGGGCGGGGGUAGGGGAAAGAGCAAAAUCUCAGUGGGUUUGCGCGAGGGAUCUUCUGGGGUCGAGGCGGGUGGGGGGGAGUCGGAACCGGGAGACACCACUUGGCGCAUCUCCCCCUCGGUCUAUAUCGCCUGUCUUCUGCCAGCUCCCCCUUUAAUUUUUUUUCUCUCCUUUAAUCUAAUUUCUUCCAACUCCACCUUUGUUGUUACCGGCGUCACGCCCGGACCAGCCAAUCCCCGCCGCGCAAUCAGCUUGUCAAAAAGCCUCGGCCGGCCCUGGGAAAGCAGGCCGCAGGCGCUGCCCCCCGGCGGCGGCGGGCAGCCGCGAGGGGAGCCCAGCACCCGGUUCUCGCUGCUCCGGGCGGCAGCGGAGCAGCCUCCGACGAGACGUCUCCCGGUUCACUAUCCUGCAGGCCGGGGAUGAAAGGCCUGGACGGGGUCCACCACCCACCUUCCCACUACCAUAGCUGUGGUUGUCUGUCUUUACCUCCCCUUUUCAGAGGAAAGGUUAUCAGAACAGGACGCAGGGAGCCAGAAGACCAUCUGAAGGAAGGCUGCUUCCAGCAGGCCCGGCCUCCAGCCACGGCUUCUGGGGCAGCGCCAUUGCUCCUGGCUCUCAGGCUGCCAGUCUCCCACACCGAGGCUCUACUGCCCGCAUCUCGGCCAGCUGGAUCACCCAGCCCCUUUCGACUCUCCCCUGGCAUGCAGCCUUCUCCUCCACUCGGCCUGCCUCUUUGCUGCUGUAAUUCCUCUUGUCUCCUGGGAGAAAUGAGAUUGUUUUCCCAGGACUUCCAGAUCCCACUUCUGUCACGUUUCACAAACAGGGAGGAAGCCCUGUCAAGAUCUGAUGUGUCCUGUUUUUGUUUGUUUGCUUUUGGGGGCACUGGCAUGUAGGAGAGGCGGAUUUACCACUGGUAGAUUAAUUUCAGCUUCUAGGCCCCUAACUUUCAGGGCCUGCCCAAGACCCUGAACUUAGUUUUGUUUUCAUCCUUUUUUUUUUUUUUUUUUUUUUUUUGUCAAAAGAGCCACCGACCACCUACCCCUCACCCUGGAAUUGCACAUGUUUUUGACCUUACAAACCCAGAUCGGCCUUUGGAAUAUACACAGGGCAAUUUGUGUAGGAUCACACUGCACUAAAAGUGAGGCAUGGUGGGCUAGGCGCACUGACUCACAUCUGUAAUCCCAGCACUUUGGGAGACCGAGACAGGAGGUCUUAAGUGAUUAAGCCCAGGAGUUCGAGAUCAGCUUAGACAACAUAGCAAGACCCUGCCUCUACAAACACACACACACCCUAUUAUAAUAUGU